GUUUCCACGAGAAUCGUCAUUCAUCCACCAGGGCAAAUUAACCCUCCUCUGUUUGUCAUUCCACCGCAGCAAUGCAGAGCACCAAAAUACAGAUGGACUUGCACAAGCCCAAGUCAUGGCUGUACUCCGAACUCAGUCUGAACACGCUAGCACUUGUGCUUCGAUAUGGCAUCAGUGUCACCAGCCCCGAUCCCAAAGCGGACACAAAGCUACAUCUAUCGCCUUCAGGCGUGCACCAAGAGGGAACGAUCAAAGUCAUCGUGGCGGGACUUCCGCGAACCGGCACCAUGAGCAUGAAGAAAGCCCUAGAAGAGCUCGGCUAUAAAAACUGUUUUCACCUCGCCGAGCCACUCUGCCAAUUCGGUAACCUCAGGCUCAGCGCCGAGAUUGUCCACACCAAAGACACGACACUGCGUCGACGCAAGCUGGCCAAGCUGCUCGAGGGCCAUGAAGCCACCCUCGAGGUACCCGGCAGCGCAUGCCUGCCCGAUCUGUUAGAGAUGUACCCCAACGCCAAAGUCGUCCUCACACAACGCACCUCGGCCAAGCUCUGGCUCAAGUCAUGGCACGGCUUCGGCAUUGAUCUGCGUUCUGACUGCUUCCGUUGGGUCGGUUACUGGGUGCCGGGCGUUGUUUCGGCGAAUGACCUGUACCGUGGUUGGAUCCGGCUGGCGUCCGACCGCUUUGGCCUUGCCCCAGAGCCAUCCGAAGAGUUGUACCAUGCGCACAAUGACUGGGUCAAAUCCAUUGUUCCCAAGCACCGCCUGCUGGUGUUCAAGUGUCAGGAUGGCUGGAAGCCCCUGUGCGAGUUCUUGGGGAGGCAGAGGCCAAACCCCUUCCCGCAUGGUAACGAGGCAGGGCAUCUGAAGUACUAUAAGCGGGUGGCUAUGGUGCUUGGAAUUCUCUUGUGGAUACUUGUUUUGGCUGUGGCAAUUAUUUCCUCCUUGGUGUUGAGGAUCAACUGAUUUGACUUUGAUAAAAACGUUUCUGUUUGUUAGG